AUGGCAGUAGCUUUAGGAGCACUCUGGGCUUGGAGUGUCUUAGACAAAGCCGUCAUAUCAUACUAUGCUAGCAAGUACAACCCGGUUCCCUUACCCGUAAAGCAAAACUACACCCACAACGACGUGAGCAUCAUCGUCCCGACAAUCGACACCGAGUCAACCUUCACCGAGUGCAUGCGCCUCUGGCUCAAGGCCAAUCCUCGGGAGAUCGUCAUCGCAACCGUUGAGCGGAACAAGGCGCGUGUCGAGGAGCUGAUCGAGCCACUCCGACAGCAUGCUGACAAAAUUGUCAUCGUGAUUUCGCCGCUGGCCAAUAAACGUCACCAGCUGAUAGUCGGUGUCAAGGCAGCCAUGGGUAAGAUCUUUGCCUUGGUGGACGACGAUGUUUACUGGCGCGUCGAGACCGUCAUGCCCUACCUGUUGGCCCCGUUUGAGGAUGCCGAGGUCGGGGCGGUGGCGGGUAUACAGAGCGCUGAGGUCCCAUCCGAUCGCCAAGAUGCACAAGUCAUCACACCCUGGGAAGCAACGGCGACGUUCGACUUGUGUCAGUGGAAAGGCUCUCGGGAGGUGCACUUCGCCGCGGACGGAGGCUGCUGGUGCCUGUCGGCACGAACGCUCUUCAUCCGCGCUUCUAUCCUCCAAGACAAGGGCUUCGCCGAUGCGUACACACAGGAAACGAUUGGCCGCAGGAUCGUAAACACCGCCGACGAUGUUGUUCUGACUGGGAUGAUAUUCGACCGCGGAUGGAAGGUGUCGAUCCAGAAUACCCCCGAAGCUGAAGUGACCACCAACAUUCCUCGGGACCACAGACUUGUGUGGCAGUUGCUUCGUUGGGAGCGGGGAAAUGUUCGCACUUUUCUGGGGUAUAUGUUUGUAUUCCCUGGCUAUAGAAAAAUGAUGCAGAGACACCCAUACACGACGUCCAAAAUGGUUGAGCGUCUUUUCCGUCCAAUCUGGGCCUUUGCAUAUGUUUGGGCUUGGUUACAAACGUGGUACACAGCGCCGUUGAUUGCCUACGCAUACAUAGCUUGGUUAGCUUUUGGAUGGAAAGGAUGGUUUCCAACGUGCCGAGCAUUCCUUGAACGGCACCCCUAUUGUGGACGUCAGGUGUGGGCGUUUCUGCUCAUGGAAUAUAUCGGCCCGUUCAUAGACAUAUAUGUCUACUUGACUAUGAAUAAUGAUGAAUGGUUGACUAGGACGGCGGACACAAAGGAUAUCAAGAAUUAG